AUGUCGCCGAUUGUCCACGUUGCAAGAGUUACUGGAGGCGCUAAUUUGCAUCAAGUGGAAUCGCGCUGGAUCAACCAACCAUCCUCAUCUGUCACUUCUUCCGAUGGAAAAUCGGACAAACCAUCCACGUUAGUUCGGGCAAGCACGCCUUCAAAAUAUCUGAGGCGAAGGGGAUUGGUGCCGAACGGAGCGAACCUCCAAAUUAAUGUUCCGUACAAGAACAGUACGGUGUCGUCCUCUUCCUCAACAAUUACAUCACCCACGUCGGUAGCAACUAGCUCGACCAUCUUUUCAAAUUCUUCAACCGUUCAUCAAGAUACGCCAUGCUUACCGAAUCUCACGGAAUGCAAUCUAGCCAAAUUGAUGAAGCAACUCAACCUUUUGGGGCGUUCACAUCAUAUCGAUCGCUCUCUUGACCUUACCCCCCAAACUGCGAUAGAAGUCUCGUAUUUUUCUGAUGGAUCCAGUACCCAUUGCGACUCGGACUUUGAAUGA